UCUGUCGUCUGUCAAUUUUAGGUAAAUGUUUUAUUGGCAUUAUGCGUCAAUAAUUCGGAUCUAAUAAUAAUAAUCAAAGCUUCGGCUAUGCCAAACAUUACCCACUACCAUUAAUAAGAGUCAAUCCAGCGGUGGCUUUUCUGAGGAAAGUCUGAGAAACAUAAUCAACACCAACAAUGACGAACGUGACAGUGGUAUUCGAGUAUGAAGAACCGGAAUACUGCAGACUUUGUUUAGUAGAAGCAUCCGACGAUAAUGAAUUGUCAAGUAUUGUUGAUUCCUGCAUCAGCAAUGAAGAUGAUAUUACUCAAAUAAUUCGAACCCUGUUGCAGAUUGAGUUGGAUCCAUCAAAGGAUGCAAAUUCGUGCAUUUGCUCAACGUGCUUGGAAAGCCUAGAGGAAUUUUACCGUUACCGUUCUCAAUGCCGACAACACAACGUCACUCUACAGAAGAAGGCAAUCGAUCGGAAGAAGAAACAAAUUGAAUUGGCGAAACAUGCGAUUGAGAAUACGGAUGUGUUAGAUCAGGUUACUAAUGGGGAACCGAUAAAGGUCAUCAUUCGAAUGAACAGCGAGGGUAAAGCUUCUGUUGGAGUACAGGUUCAGUCUAAGGCACAGGAUAGCGCAAAUAAAUUUGAUGGGACUAAAGUCUCAGCUGGCAUUGGCACUCAACCUCAAAGUGCAUCAACUGAUCAGUCAUUAUCUACAGCCGUGUCGACACGGUUAGAAGAUCCACAAAAAGUGGUACACAUCAAGAAACAAUCCGAAAAGCUAAUUCGAUUGCCAUUGCAUCAGUUUUAUUUCUACCAGACUACGAACAACGGAUUUGGGUUGAUUUAUGGUGGUUAUCGAUAUUAUAGUUCAAUUCCACGGAAGAGUCGAACGUACUGGGUGUGUGAGCAAAGAAAUACGCACAAUUGUCAAACGUUGUUGUUGGCGGACAAAGCAUAUGUUGUGUUUCAUCUAAACUGGGGUCAUAACCACGAUCCACCCAAGGUAUGUGAUAAUUUGAUAAUUUUCAAACCCUGUGACGUUUUGCAUAAAGUCAUACAACGAGAUCGGAUUUGGGAGCAGGAAUUAAUAAAACGCAAAACUCAAAUCAAAGAAUCGGAAAUGAGUGCAGAAUUGGAGUCAGAUGAUAAAGACGAAUCGUCGGGUACGGAAGAUGAAGAUCCUCAGGAUGAAAUCGCUGAAAUAUGUGGUGAGGAUAGUGACGGAGUCCAACCUAUCGCGAUCGAAAUCAAAAAAGAUCCAGAUUUCAACGAGCUUUCACAAUCGUCUUCUUCUUCUCAGGUUCAGAUAGAUGCAGGGGAGAACAUGUACAUUAUUCAAGAACUUACUUAGGUCGAAAAUUCUGAAAUCAGAAAUAAACAUUGUCUAAGAGACA